CGCCAACUUGGCUCAGACAGACCGCUGACCCCAGCCUGCAACGCAGUUACCGAAUACCCCAAUAACAUCUUGCCACGUGUAAAAUACAACUGUUACGGUUCGAACUUUAGCCGAGAAAACCGUUCGAUCAAGCCACUGACGACUCGGUGUUGCCGUUAAAAGUGUCAUCCCCCAAAGCUUCAAAAACUCUCUCUCUCUCCCUCCCAAUUCUUUCUCUCUCCAAUUUCCAAACCACAAUCUUCAUGUUGCCCAGCUAAUUAGGGUUUUAUCGGAUUCAAAAUACCUAAUUCAUGAGCAUUGAAUCAAUGUUCUUGCUUUCCCAUGGACGAAAAUGAUUCAAAGUUGUAAUUUUUUUGGGUCAAAUUGAAGAAAUUUAGGGUUUUCUUGAAGUUGGGUUCGAUAAUGGAGUCAUCUGGAUCGUCGUAUUGGUGUUACAGAUGCAACAAUUUUGUUAGGGUUCAGACACAGGACACAAUUCUCUGUCCCGAUUGCGGAAGUGGAUUCUUGGAAGAAAUCGAUCCCCGCCGUCAAUCUCGUCAUGAUUCAGUUCCGAGAGUCCGCCGCCACUGGAGGAAUGGAGGCGGCGAACGGUCCUCUUUCAAUCCCGUUAUUGUCCUCCGCGGCGGCGAAGCUGGUGGAGAAAGGGGUAGUUACGAAUUGUAUUAUGAUGAUGGAACUGGUUUGGGUAUUAGGCCCUUACCAGCAAGCAUGUCUGAGUUUUUGAUGGGUUCAGGGUUUGAUCGUCUUCUCGAUCAAUUGACCCAUCUUGAAAUCAAUGGGAUUGGGAGGUUUGAUCACUCUCCUGCUUCAAAAGCUUCGAUUGAGUCGUUACCCACAAUCAAGAUUGGUUCUAGCCAUGUGGUGAUCGAUUCACAUUGUGCAGUUUGUAAAGAACCUUUCGAAAUCGACACCGAGGCUCGUGAAAUGCCGUGUAAUCACAUUUACCAUUCGGAUUGUAUUCUACCAUGGCUUUCCAUUCGGAAUUCUUGCCCUGUUUGCCGCCAUGAAUUGGCUGCAGAUGCACCAGUAACCGAGAAUUUGAUGGGUUCGAAUGAGGAAGAUUCGGUUGGGUUGACUAUAUGGAGAUUACCUGGUGGUGGGUUUGCUGUUGGGAGAUUCACAGGUGGUAGGUUAGCUGCUGAACGCGAGCUCCCCGUUGUGUACACGGAGAUGGAUGGUGGUUUCAAUGCUGGUGGUGCACCGAGGAGGAUUGCAUGGGCAGCCAAUGAAAACGGAGAAAGGGAGAGGAGUGGAGUGAGUCAAGCUGUUCGUGGUUUCUUCUCAUUCUUUAGGAGGUUUAGAUUUGCAUCAUCUCGUUUUAGACUUGAAAUUGGGUUUAGGCGAAGUCGUUCCCAUUCCAUUGUCGAUUAUAGGCCACCGAGGAGGCACACUCACCGUUGAGCUUUUGAUGACAGCAGAGAGUAACAAGAAGGUGAUUGUCAAGGGAGGAAGAGCCCGGAAAUUGUCUUGUCUGUGUGCUGCAUAUACACAUUGGAAAGAAAUAUUUGGAGACAUUUCUGCAAUUUUAAUUUUUUGUUGAGUAGAUAAGAAUUUGCUAGAAGAUUCUUGUUUGUCCAUGACAAAGAAGAAAGAGGGUUGUGCACAUAGAGGUGCCCUUCAGAUAUUAUGAAGGUGGGGGAGAGCCCAUUUUGAAAAUAAUGUGGAAUUUCAUGGUCAGAUAUGAGAGAAGCAAGUUGGUUUUGGGCUGAAUGGUAGGUGGGGCCAUCCUUAUCUAUAGAAAAACACAAGACUCUUGAGUUGUGAUGUGGCCUUAUCCAGUAAUAUUAUGAUGCAUAUCUAUGGACAAUAUUGAUUCCUAGACGGGACCAUAGAAAAUCUGCAACUGUGUCAUCUCUACUUCCAAAGAGACUAAACUAAU